AUGGAGCCCCUGACCUUGGUUGCUCUCGGCGUGGCCGCCGUCGUGGUCGCCCUUCUGGUCGCUAGGCGGUCCGUCAGUCCCGCCCCACCGCAGACAGGCCUCCUCAAGCCCUCAAUCUUCAAGCCCACGCCGGAGAUGAAGAUUAGCACCAAAGCGACUGGCCGGCGGUAUUUGGUCGUGGGCGGCAGCGGUUUCCUCGGCUCACACAUUGUCGAGGCGCUGCUUGCUCGCGGCGAGCAGCACGUGCGCAUCUUCGACCAGCGGGAGACGCCUCUCUUCAAGGACCACCCGAAGGUCGAGUUUGUACUGGGCAACAUUCUAAACAAGGAUGACUGCAAGAAGGCGGUCAAGGGCAUCGACAGCGUGUUCCACACGGCGGCCGUGAUCGACUACUGGUCGCGCUUCGAUUUCCAGCGCCCGCUCAGCUACGCGGUCAACGUGACUGGCCUCGAGAACGUGCUCUCCGCCAGCAUCGCCGGGGGCGUAAAGCGCUUUGUCUACACCAGCUCGUCGAAUGUCAUCCUGGGAAGCGGCGAGUCCAUCAAGAACGGCGACGAAUCCUGGCCGUACCCCGCCCGUCCCAACAACCACUACUCCGAGACCAAGGCCCUGGCCGAAAAGGCUGUCUUGGCCGCGAACGGGAAGCACGGCAUACUGACUGGCGCGGUCAGGCCCAACGGCAUCUUUGGUCCACGGGACAAUAUCAUGGCCGAAUCGGUAUACAGGGCCGGCAAACCGGAGCCCAUGCUCUGCAAAGGCAACCUACAGGAUUGGGUGUAUGUUGAGAACGUGGUGCAUGCUCAAUUGCUGCUCGAAGGCGCGCUGAGCGACUCUCCCAACAGCCCUGCUGGCAAGACCUACUGCAUUGCGGGAGACCGCCCGAUGGAGUACAUCGAGUUCUGGACCAAGCUGAACCGAGCUGUUGGUGGCAAGGACGAGGACAUCGUUGUGCUUCCCAAGCCCCUUGUGUGGACCCUGGCCAUCAUCAGCGAGUCCCUGACCUGGCUCUCGUUUGUUCCUCCUCCCAUUGCGCGUGGCAAUCUCAAGGGUCAGUUCUUCAAGCUCACACCAGCUGUGCUGACCAUUGCCAUGGCGGACAUCUACCUCAACUACUCCCGUGCCAAGAGGGACUUUGGCUAUGAGCCACCCUACACCAUGGAGGAGGCCUUUGAGCAGUGCUCACACUACUACCAGCCUGAGCUCACAAGCCAGAAGCCCAAGACUCAACAAUAA